AACGCGGGUUCGUCGAAGUCUCUCAAGGCCAUCAUUUUUCCCGGCUUUGCCGCUAGUGGACUAAACUUGGAACACUAACUUGUCCACCAUUGGGUACUUUGGUUGUCAACUUGUAGUAUCAUUGAAUAAAAGUCUUUCACAUAUUUUUGUUGGUACCUCUGAGGCGAUUGGUUAUGGAUGCCCAUGGGAUACUUUAGGCGUCACUUAGUCGUUUUCGAAGAUUGUUCCGGGUUGAAGUAUGUACAUUAUUUUUUAUCACUCGCUAGAAAAAGACAUGUAAAUAUUACAUUCGAACCAGAUCAUGAUGCAAUCCGCAAGAACUUAGUUGUCAGACUCUCUGAUGAGGAAGACCUCUACUUCUUAUAUUCCCUCUCUAUAUCUGAUGAGGAUUUUAACUGCAUCAAAGCUCAACAGGGUCUGUUAGUUGAUUUUGAAGGAUUUAGCCAGAAAGUUGUUGACCUCCUUGAUCUGUGCUUCAAGCAAGAGAAUAGUGCAAACCCGAAGUACCUUUUGAAGUUUCUUUGUUUCCCGUCGAAGGAUCAUACUGGCGUUUUCCAGAUAGUUGAGGCUACGAACUUCAAGCAUCUCGUUCACCUGAGUCUAACUUUGAUUGCUGGCGACAGCGAGACGCUAAAAUCAUACCUGGUGGGACAACUGAAAACUUUGAAAAACGAAAGCAGGGCAAGAAUAUCAUGUCUGGAGCGCUCCUUAGCAGAAGCGACAGCUUCCUUGUCCUUACUAGAAGAAAAACUGAUUUUGACAUCCAGUGACUUUGACGGUUACAAAUCAGAAAGUUUGAAUAAGGAAAGUAAUCUUAGGCGCAGCUAUGAAGAGAAACUGGCUUCUGCGGAAGAAAAGCUCGCAGACUCAGAGUCCCGCCAUCGGAUUUUACUUGAGAGCGAACGAGAACUUGCGGCAAAGGCAUGCGAAAAGAUUCGAAGCGAACUUGGCGCAAAACUAGACGCUUUGAAACAUGAAGUUCAUGAAUUGGAACGCGUACGUGAUCAGCUUCAAACAAGGCUGAAACAGCUUUCGACUGACAUGCAGUCAGUGGAAAGUCAGAAUUCCUGUUUGAAAGAAGAACUGAAAGAUAUUCGGUCUAAACUUCUUGCUGCAGAGAGCGUCAACCAGUCACAGUCGGCCACUGUAAAUCGGCUGGAGGCGCGACUGAACCAACUGGAGCGCGAGUUAAGCACCAAGGAUCAGCUAAUCACAAAAGUACAAGAUUUACUCAGCUCUGAACAAGAACAGAAGUCCCGACUGCAGGACGAAUUGCAAGCUCAAACUCGCUGCGCCGAAAAGCUAAAGCAUUCUGUCGAAAGAGAGUCGGAAGAGGUGAAAAAGGCCAACGAAAUCAUAAAGCAUCUUCAGACUGAAGUUAAGAAUCACCACACCAAGGCCAAACUGCGUGGACAAGUCGCUGCUGAACAGGAGCGUCUUUUGUCUUCUAAAGAUGUUGAACUGCAGGAGCGAACUUCUGAAGUUGCACAACUACGCGCUGAGCUAAAAGAUGCGAAGGACAACAUCACCAAGCUAACUGAACAAGUGAACCAAACAACCUUGGAAUUAACCGAAGCACAGAAAACCAUCAAAACAAAUGAGAAUAUCAUUGGCUGGUUGAAUCGACAAGUUUCCGAGAAACAACUUGACCAAGCACAGCAACGUCUGAGAUCAACUGGUUUCCCAACGCCGAUCAAUGCUGUCUAUUCAUCUCGACCGUUCUCUACUCCAAACAGCACCGCAGCAGCUGCUGUGAAUGGGAUGGCCAUCGCACCACCUUGGCAGCCGGCCACUUCUCUAUAUCAGCCGAGCUGUACGAUCAUUUCCAAAGUCGCAAAUGCUCCGGCGUAUGCCACUUGCAAUCUUCUCAGCUCUACCAGCUCUGCAAUCAACAGUAUUCAGCCCAGUGUGCGAACGAGUUCGGCUACUUUAUCCGGUUCUAGUCAAUUGCCUAUCGCACCCACACCCACCAUCAGUGGAUGGAAUGGUCUUGAUUUUGUCGGCAAGAAAACCUUGGACCGAUCCAAUAAUAUGGAGACCACUGUUGGUAGAUCAACGGAUGUGCGCUCCAACUGUUCUCCUGCACCGGUGACUAAAUCGACUCCUCUUCACUCGGACCCCAUGACCAGUGUGGCCUGUCGUACCACCGCAAGUUACACGACGCGAUCUGCUAUUCCUGCGUCGGGUUCUCGUAACACCAAAGUGUCAGACUAUCGCCCAUCCACCUACGUCCCAUCUGCUUCAUUGGCGAAACAGCGCCAAUCAAACCUUGCGACAUCCAGUUCGCUACCUUCGAGACCGAUUGCGUCCGGUUACCCGAGUGAGGCUGUACAUUCCGAUUCCAAUCCUGGUCAAGAGGAGACAGACCCAACGUUAUUCCAACAAUCCCUGACUUCAGCUUACUUCCCCAAAACCAUAGGCUCUAGUAUACCUAAAUGAUGGGUUUGAGAACGCGCGCUUCUGGUUUCGUGAUACGGAGAUUUCGCAGUUGCAUUUUCAUUUCUCAUGAUCUCCAUGCUGCUUUCAGCGAUAAAAUGCAUUUUAAUUUCACCACUCUAUUCCCAGUGCAGCCACAUGCGUUUACACCUGCCUCUUUUUCUAAGCUGACCGGUUUUAUCUGCGUAUACUGUGUACAGACAUCGUUUAGAAUAAUAUACGUUCUGGUUCUCAUGUUUUACCUUCG